AUGAUCUUGGUGGGGACCCAGAGCAGCAGCAAUUCUUCCAUCCUGCUGGUAGAAGUCCUGACCAGACAAGCAUUUAGAAAGUUUCUUCCACUUUUUGACCGAGUAUUGUUCGAAAGGAAUGCAGCCAAAACAGUAACCAAAGGAGGCAUUAUGCCUCCAGAAAAACCUCAAGGAAAAGUAUUGCAAGCAACAGUAGUAACUGUGGGAUCAGCCUCUAAAGGAAAGGGUAGAGAGAUUCAGCCAGUUAGCAAGAAGGUUGGAGAUAAAGUUCUUCCCCCAGAGUAUGGAGACACCAAAGCAGUUCUAGAAGACAGGGAUUAUUUCUUAUUUAGAGAUGGUGACAUUCUUGGAAAGUAUAUAGGCUGA